UGGCCGCACAUUCCCCUUUAGGACGACAGACCCAAUUUAUUUCUACAGGUGAUUUUCUCCAGAUUUGUCUAAGGAGUUGGAGCAACUAAAGAUGUAUUAAAAUCAAAGAGUAACAUUAAAUAGAAAAAGAUUUUUAGUAGGGACCAUUUCAAAAAUAUUUUUGCAUCAUUCCUUUUUUUCGGUUAUACAUAAUGGAAGAGGCCGUUCUAGUAAGAGAAUAAUAUUGUUUAAAAAAUUAAGCAAUAGAUUUUCUAUCUUAACUGAAAUAUGAUGUUUAUAAUUUGUUAAUGAAUGAAUAUUCAAAAAUAUUACAGAGUAGCAUGCCAAAGUGCAUUCUUCUUUUCCUUCAAUUUUCAUGAAAAUGCUAAACAAAAUCUGCAAGAAAUAUGUUUAUGUACAUCAUUUUGAGGUUGAUUUAAUGUACGAGACAAAACAACUAUAGGGUUGUAUUACACAUUUUUUUUUUUUUGAAAAACAAUAUUUCGAAACAGGGGCGAUAAGACCUUUAUUAGGGUGAGUUAUCUAAGACUGGUGUCAAGAUAACUUGGGGGGCGAGAUGUUCACCAUAACUCACAAAACCUGAAGAUCAUAUUGAUACAGUGUAAAAGAACUAAACUUCUUUUAAAAAUUGCUUGUUCGGUAAUUGUGAAAUUUUUAACAAAAUAUUGUAUACUAUUAAAAAUGAUGUUUGCAAAAACACUACAUUGUAGCCGAAUCGUAUACUAAAUGCAAUCUACCUCUCGUUGCGUGUUUCUAAACAAUGGCAUAUUUUUAGUCCUGCGAAACAUAACUUGUUGUUUUGGUUUAUUUUAAACUCGCAGUGUUCGUUUUUCUUUCGCCUUUUUUUUUUUACAUUUCAUAUUAUUUGAUUGAUAAGUCGGGGUUUUUGUGUUAUUUUAUUUUGUUUUUAUGUAAUGUGUUUUGGUUAAUUUUUUUGUGUGGGGUGUAUCUGUUUUGUUGUUGCGAUGUUGCAUAUUUUGAUCAUAGUAUAUCUUUUUUGUUGUUAUUGUUGCGAUGUUGCACAUUUUGAUCAUAGUAUCUUUUUUGCUGUUGUUGUUGCGAUGUUGCAUAUUUUGAUCAUAGUAUCUUUCUAAUUUUUUCUAAAAAAGUAUCAGCGGUAACGAUUGAUUACAGUAUAACAUAUUAUGCUAAUAUUCAAAUGUUCUAUGGAUAAAGUAAAACAGCAUGUUUAAUUUCCUAAUAUGUGCAUGGCAAUAUCUAGUACAUUGUAUAUAAUUUGAUUAUGAAUUUUUAUUAUCGUCCAUAAUUAAUUACUUAAUCGUCUGCGGAGUUUUUUGUUUUUCCCCGAUUACGACAAAGAACACACGACGGGUGUGACCGGUCAGCAGAGGAUACUCUCUCCUCUAUGGCACCUGAUUCUACCUCUAUAUUUUUAGAGGAAUAUACGCUAACUAAUAACCUAAAGAGGACUUGGACAAAGGACCUAGAAAUAAUUGGCGAUGAGUAGAGUUAGACUUGCCGAUGUAGACUUGUUUGUCUUGUGUUUGGAAAUUUUCGUAUUGUUUUGUUUAGAAACUGCUUUUAUUGUUUAUCUGUUGUGGAAAACAAGGAUUAAAAAAGGAUCUUUCAAUGAAUCAGUGAUUGGACGACAUUUCAACGAGUGGAGAAAGCCAAUAUUUUGCUUUGGAAUUCAAGACGAAAUAGUUGAAGAAUUCUUUGACGAUAAUCGUCUACAUAUAGAAAGAGAUGACUGGGAGUUGAGUUGUGAAAUUGUUGACAGGGUUUUAGAUGUCGUUGUUGGAGAGAUGGUCAAAGUAGCGAACGAGCGGUUCCCUGGACUCAUUUUUGGAGGCACUUUAAAAAAACAAGGCAGCUCAAGGGAUGGUUUAAAGGUGUGUGAUGCACUGGAAUUUGAUUUACUUAUACCAUUUUACAUAGAAGAUAUAUGCAUGGUUGAGCGAGUCGUUUGUGAAGGGAAUGGGUCUCCCAUCCCUGGACUUAAAAAGAUGGAGAUCAUGAAUUAUUUGAAAUUUCCAUUGUGGGGCGCUAGAUACAACUUACUUUAUCAUGAAAACGAAAAAACAUAUAUAAAUGCAAGAAAUCUUCAGACAAGAGUCUUUACUUUCAUUCUUGAUCAAAUCAAAAACAGAUUUAAUAUACGAUUCAAGAGAGUGACGAAAAAUACUUAUAACGAAUACUCCAUAGUGCUAAAGCCUGAGUCGCCCAAUUUGAAAAUAACAAUUAAAGUUAAAAGUAAAGAUGGGCUUGAUGGUUUUAAAAAUCUUUUGGAUUCUGGAUAUAAUAAUGAAGAUUCGUCAGAUUUAAACGAAGUGAAUCUCGAAAUUGACUUAGUUCCAGGUUUUUUAUUAUCAACUGACACUUAUACGUGCUAUGCCGAUAACGAUAGAUUUGUAUCUUGUGAACGAUAUGGUGUUAUAAAGUGGCUUAAGGAAGGGGAUCUAAAUAUUUCAUCAGAAGAUGGAGACCUAAUAUGGCGAAAUUCAUCUUGUGGGUAUGAGAAAUGUAUAUUUGAUAUUGCGCAGAAAAAUCCAGAUCAACUUUAUAUAAUGACGGCAUGUAUAGUGCUGAAAGGAUCAUUGCGACAAUUUGAACCAGAAUCAACCGAUAAACUCAGAAUUGUGUUGCAAUCUUACCAUUUGAAAACUUUAUGUCAUUAUGGUAUCUUGUUUUUGUCGAUACUUGAACAGGAAUCUACUAUUUCUAGUGUAACAGAUGCAUUGGGAUAUUUAAUGGAGUUCCUUCGUCUUAGUUUAAAUGCCGAAAAUCUGCCGCAUUUCUUUCACGGGAAUCCAUAUCUUGAUGCCAUGUUUCCUGGGAGUUGUUUUGGAAACGAAAGAAAUUUUAACAUGUUCGCGAAACACAGUCCAGAGUCAUUAGAUCAAGCAAGAUUGCAAUUUUCAUGUUUCGCGUAUAAACUUCGCAAUCUUUAUUGUGAAAAACAUCUGCUUGACCGCAACACGAUUAAACUUUUUGCUGGUCUUUUGUUUGUGUAAAACCAGUAUAAUUGUUAAAUUAUGGUGGUUAGUAUUCAAAAGAACUAUGCAAAUAAACUAUUUUUAAAGAAAUAGAAAAAUACUAAUCUGAUUUA